AUGGGUAGAUUCUGGCCGUUGGAGUGUCGCUCCAUGAAGGAACUCUUCGGCUGUGCAGUGGCCAAUAUGAUUUUUAUAAUAUUUGGACUUGUGUUGCUCUACUGGACGAUCUGUCGAGACUUGCCAGACAUUUUUAAAGUGGACAAUACGUUGGUAAAGCUGAACGUACAGAUUGAUGAGAUGCAGCGAGCGGCAGAGACUUGUCACGCUGCGCUACUCCAGUGGGAAAGGACCGUCGCACAGGAGCUGUGCAUGCCUGUGGGUAUUGAUAUGGCACUAUUGCUGCUGAACACGUGGUUACUACUACAUUACCAUAGACGAUGGGCGAGAUACCUCAUGGCGCUGAUGGCGGUGAUGUUUGUGGUGGAUGUGCCUACCCAACUGUAUGACGCCACUUUUCCAGCACCGGAGAUUCACAAGAUAGACCCAACAUUCGCCCUGUUGGAUGAAGAACUGCUAGUUGCUUUGGAUGGGAAGAAUUUGAAGCCAGGAGGAAGCGUUGGUUGGCAGGAAACGUGGCCGUGA